UGCUGUCAACCUAUCUUUUCUGCUACUCCUUCGGGAUCCAGGUCCUAGUGGCUACGGUAGCAUCAAAAUUCUCUACCCAAGUACAAUAUCCUCAAAACCCUAACUUAAGUCCCCAAUUUCCCAAAACCCUAAAUUCCCCUCUCCUCAAAUUCUUUCUCAAUUAGGGUUUUCUCUGUCUAGAAACUCGUUUGUGGGCAUGGAGAUGGACAGCCUCUGCUCGAACGGCUUCGUUUUGGACAGUUUUCUCUGCUCUGUGGUGCAGGCUGUGGUGGCUGAGGCAACCAUUGCUGCUGCUGCCAAGUCUCUUGCUUUGUCCUGCUUUAUGAUGGGGUCUAUGCCAAACACAAUCAAUGUUUUUCCCAAAAAACCUGAGGCUGUCACAGAGUUUCGUAUUACUGAGCUUUAUGUAGUGGGAAAACCUGGUCCUGAGAACACAGAUGCAAGUGAAACCGAGGACGAGGAUGAUGAUGAUGAUGAUGCUGGUGAUGACCAGGAUGAAGAUGGUGGCGACGAGGAUGAUGCCUCUGGGGAAGAGAAGGACGGUAAAGAAAAUCCAGAAGACGAGCCCAAGGCGAAUGGUGAUGGUGUAAGUGAAGAGGAUGAGGAUGAUGAUAAAGAAGAUGAGGAGGACGAUGAUGAUGAUGACGACGACAACGAUGAUGGUGAUGAUGGGGAGGAAGAAACUGAAGACGAAGAAGAAGAGGACGAGGAAGACGAGGAGGAAGACCUUCCUCAGCCACCUGCUAAGAGGAGGAAAUGAAUUUUUUCUCAUUGUUCUUUAAACUUGCCGCCUUUUUCUGGUUAUCAGGAAUUUGGGGUUGUAGGAGUUGAGUAAAAUUUAGGUGGCAUGUCCACAUAUGGUAGAAAUGUUCACAGUACUUGUUAAGCUAUCAGAUUUCUUAGUUCUACACCUUUAAUACUUCUCUCUC